AUGACUACAAGGCUAAAAGGCAGUAAACACAGCUCUUCAUCAGAUGAAGCCUUUGUUCAUCUGAAAAUUAAGGAGGCUAGGGUGUCCCAGUACCUGUGCCUGAACAGCAUCAGACUUGCCUUCAUCCCGAGUGAGGUAAUCUCCAAGCUCAACUCUCUGAGGUAUCUUUACUUGAGCAACUGCAAACUCCGGGGGCCCAUCCCCUCGUGUUUGGCUCAGCUGACACUUCUGGAGGUGUUGGACAUCUCCCAGAAUGCCAUCAGUGACCUCCCCGGCCACAUUUGCGAAGGGUUGACCCAUCUGGUCACCUUGGACAUCAGCUUCAAUAAACUUGUUGCCCUCCCAAAGGCCCUGGGCUGUAUGCAGUGCUUGCGAGAGCUGAGCGCGGCCCACAACAAGAUCGUGGUGCUGCCGUCAGAACUCGGAGACCUGUUGAGACUUGAAGUGCUGGACCUCACGGGGAAUCUCCUGAGGAAUGUUCCUGGGGAGGUGUUGGUGGGCAAACUACGGCAGAGCCUGGUCACCUUGAGGAUUGGAGGAAACCUUCUGAAGACCCUCCCACCAGAGGCUGGCCUGUUGCGGAAGUUGGAAGAACUGGAUCUGAGCAAUAACUGCUGCUGUUUCCUGCCAUCAACGAUGCGGUCGCUAUGGAAACUGAAAGCCUUUCAUCACUCAGGCAAUGACUGGAUGAUGUUUCCGCCUCACAUCUCUGGCGUCCCAGCAAAGGACCAGUCUAGCUAUGGGUGUAAGGCACUGGAGAAACUCUACAGCUAUGUGUAUCCUCCAUGA